AAAAUACAAGCAAAAACGAAAAAGAAAACCCAAAAAGAACAAGAAGAAAACUUUCACUCUCGGCACAACGUGGCGGAAUCUCGCAAGUGCCAGGAAGCGCAUAAACUGUCAGGGCAAUCUACUCAAAACGAGAGAGAAUAACCCUAAACCGAAACCGAAACUGAAACCAAAAUCCAAAACACAAAAAAAAACUAAAACAAAACUAAAAAUCAACACGAAUAUCCGCAGCAAAGUCCGCAAAAUCGGAGAAAUAAACUUUAUCCUUAUUUGUGCAUGCCACAAGCAGCAACAGCAACAGCAGCAGCGGUAGCAGUAGCAACAGCAGCAGUAAUCAGCAGCAGCUGACUGUUGCAGAAAGUCCGACAGGCAAGAGGACGACGGCCUACAACUAUACACUCCGUCCGGCCCUGUCAUAAUCAAUUGAAUAGCCUCCUCUAUCUCUCUCUCUAUCUCUUUGUCUUUCUGUCAUUCCUUCCCUUUGAACAAACAUUUGUGCAGUGCCCAGGAUAUAACAGGAAACGCAACGCAACGUAACUCAAACAACAAUAGCUAAAAGAAAAAAAUAAAACUGAAAAAAAGGCAAACCAAACACAAUUUUAAUGUAUCCUUAGAAUUUCAAACAGCUCCAGCAGUGUAAUGCGCCUGGGGGGCAGUGGCAUACCAUACGACGGCGACCCCCUGACAAUGAGCGCAGCUGGCAACGAUUAUGCCGAAUUAUGCGAUCUUGGUCCCUCACGUUGGAGUGCACGCGCCUAUGGUUAUCAUGCAACUGGAGCAGCUGGCCUUGGACUUGGCGGCGGUGGAAUUGGGGGUAUUGGAGGAAUCGGCAGUGCUACACAAUCAUCGUCGAGUGUGCCAACGGGCGGAUCAGCUGGACUCACGGCACACCAUUUACGAAGCAGCGCCGGAGCGCCAAGCAGUUACGAGGCCGAGGAUAUUGGCUUGGCCUUUGGCAUGAUAAGUCCGCCGCCAGGUAGCGGACCCUACGCCUCACGUGUGGGCGUUGGUGUCGGUAAUAGUACCAGUUCGCUGCGAGCAAGCAGCGGUGCAGCAGUAGGCAGUGGAGUGGGAGUGGGAGCAGGUGGACGGUCUGGCCUCUAUUAUUCCCCGCCAGGCACAUCGUACACAAUCAUUGAGCGACCACAUUCACCGCAUUAUUAUUACAAUUCGGCUGGUGUGCCAACUAAGGGUGGUUCACUGCCUGGUCGCGGAUCAGCGUAUCUUAGCUCCUCACCCUCUAGUCAUAUGGCCGCCGGUACGGCGGGCACAUUGCCCACAUCAACGGCGGCCAGUGGGCGACAUGGCGCCGGCUCAUCGUCGUCGGCCAUGGGUAAUGGCAAUAAGAAGCGACCCAUUUCGCCGGAGCAAGUGUUGCGCAUGUUUGGCGCCACACAAUCGUCUUCAGUUCCUACGAGUAGCUAUCAUUAUAGCAAUGGCGGCACCAGGGAUCGUACAGGACGACGAAGUCCUGCCAGCAGUCCACCCUCAACGACGCAUCAGAUCUAUCGAGAUCGUGAACGAGAUCGAGAUCGCAGUGUGCCCAAUAUACAUGAGCUAACAACGCGUACUGUAUCCAUGUCGCGUGAUCAGCAAAUUGAUCAUGGAUUUGGCAUAUGCGUCAAAGGAGGGAAAGACUCAGGUUUAGGUGUCUACAUCUCACGCAUCGAAGAGAAUUCGGUGGCUGAAAGGGCCGGAUUGCGACCCGGUGAUACAAUCCUAGAGGUGAAUGGUACACCUUUUACCUCAAUCAAUCACGAGGAGGCGCUGAAGAGAUGUGUGCAGAUAUUGAAAUCGUCACGUCAAAUCAGUAUGACGGUGAGAGCGCCACCUACGCUGAAUUCGACGGCCCCGCUCCAUGGUUUCGGACCACCCUCAAGGGAUCCAAUGUAUGCAUCGAUGGCGCCACCCCUGCUACCACAAAAUCAAGCAGCAGCAGCAGCGGCAUCGGCAGCGGGCAGUGGAUCGGGUUUACCAUUUCGUCAAACCUGCUCCUGGAUGGAUCGUCAUGGUCGUCCCGCCUCGCCACCAAUGGAAUAUGGCGGCAGACGCAGCGAUCGUCGGGAUAGAAUCCGACGUGUGGAGCUGCUUAUUGAACCGGGGCAAUCAUUGGGCCUUAUGAUACGCGGAGGCGUUGAGUAUGGUCUGGGCAUCUUUGUCACUGGCGUUGAUAAGGAUAGCGUGGCAGAUCGUGCCGGUCUGAUGAUCGGUGAUGAAAUCCUUGAGGUCAAUGGCCAAUCGUUUCUCGAUGUCACGCACGAUGAGGCGGUUGGUCAAUUGAAAUACCACAAGCGCAUGUCGCUAGUGAUACGUGAUGUGGGCAAAGUGCCGCAUUCCUGUACAUCCAUUGAAAUGGAGCCCUGGGAUGCGUACAGUCCAACGGGCACGAGAGCACGCCGAAAAGGUCAAAUUGCGACCAUGGUUGAGGAGAAGGCACGCUCUCUGCUGCCACGACAUCAUUUUGCAAGCCUUUCAUAUUAUAUUGCCGAAUAUAGUGCGAAAGCAAUGACCAUAGAUGCCUUUGUUGCCGUCUUAUUAGAGAUGUUAGAUACGUACGAAAAGCAUACGCUAGUGACGGAAAUUCGUGAACUCGUUUUUCCCGAGGAUCGAACACGCUACGAUGAGUUGGUUUAUCGAAGAGAACGAGAUCCCUAUAGCGUGGAUAGGCAUAGGCGUAAAGGAGACCCAGCACGUGAUUUGCCGGUAACAGCUGACGAUUUGGAAAUAAUUGCGGCCACAGGACGUAGUCCCUCAUCCGAUUCGGGUCUGGGCAUGACCGUAACGGAUAUUCAUAAACGACCCGCACUCCAGUUGCCCUAUCGCCCAAUGUCGGCGGGACCAAUUUUGCAUCGUUCACAACCGACAGCAUCCCAUUAUCAGCCAGCAACAACAACAACAACAACUUCAUUAUCCCCACAACAACAACAACAGCAGCAACAACUGCAACAUCAACAACAACAACAACAACAUUAUCCACAUCAUUCAUCAUUGCGUCAUCUUGGAGGAGGCAUUGGAGGAGGCGUGUUGCGUCAGCAUCCGCAUCAAUAUCAACAUCCGCAUACGCAUCAGUUGGGACCAAAUCACUUGAAAUUCAAGCAAACCAAUGACAAUCAGCAACAGGAAUACGGCUGUGAUGAGCAUAGAACUCGCCGGGGCAGUGAAACCCUAUUACCGGAAUAUGAACAAGAUGCGGAACAGGGCGGCUACUUAGAUGGACUACGUUCACAUUUGGGUGGUUUAACACAACGUGUCAAAUCAUGGUAUUGGGGACGACCUCUUGAGUUGGCAACAAAACUCUCAAGAAGUUUCGAUAUGAAGGAAGAAGGCGGCACAUUGUUGGGCGAUAAAGCUGUACGAAGGCAUCAGUCCAUGCAGCGUCUGUCAGCUGAGCAAAAUGGUGGUUCAACGACUGAACAAACAACACAUGAACACAAUCCAAACGUCGUACCUGAUCAUAGAGGCAACUUACACAUUACAGUUAAGAAAACGAAACCAAUUUUAGGUAUUGCUAUCGAAGGUGGUGCUAAUACAAAACACCCGCUCCCUAGAAUAAUAAACAUCCAUGAAAAUGGUGCAGCAUUUGAAGCGGGCGGACUAGAAGUCGGUCAACUGAUACUGGAGGUAGACGGUACUAAGGUGGAAGGUCUACACCAUCAGGAGGUUGCUCGAUUAAUAGCCGAAUGCUUUGCUAAUCGUGAAAAGGCUGAAAUAACCUUCUUAGUUGUCGAAGCAAAAAAAUCAAAUUUGGAACCGAAACCAACAGCGUUAAUAUUUUUAGAAGCCUAACAUUUGCUUGCCCUGCCGGCUAGUGACCCAUUGGAACGACAAAAGCUUGAGUUCCUUUAUGAAUGGGGCAUCGAUUUAACAGAGACGCCAAAACCAAUGCCAACACCAAUACCGCUGACAAAAGCCAAAAAUCCACCGCCACUGCCUCAUCAUAAAAGCGAUAAUACCAACUAUGGCAGUCCAACAACAACAACAAACACUGCGCUCAACAAUCAUCAUCAACAACAUCAA